UGUUGUGCUAAAUACCUAGAAAAGUUAUCAGACAACCAAAAAGUAUUCCCACUCCGCUCUCCGCACGUGUAAAAUAUCUUCUAGCUCCAACAUAUCAGGCGUGGCCCUUUCUGCUCCGUAAACUCCUGUACGCGCAAAGUCACGGUAGUUUCGUAAUGGGAUCUCACCAUAGUUAAUUCGAACCCUACCUUCAUCGUUUAACCCUCGUCGCAACUGAUAAAAUCUCUUUACAACCCUAGAAUUGAACCUGAGCAUCACAAAUCCUUUCCUUUCUGCUAGCGGAGAUUUCAUAUUUUCUCAGAUUUUUCUUUCUUCGCAUUUUUCCUUCCAGUUCCUUCAGAAAUGGCGUUGUCUGCGAACGCAGCUUGCGCAGCCUUUCGUUCGUUGGAACGACACGAUUUCAACAAGGUCUCGAGAUCGAUUCCAGCGACUCGCAGUUUUCCUCGCAGCAAAGGUCCUCAGGUUAAAUGCACAGCCGAGCCUGAAAAAGAACCUAGCUUGGACGCGCCGAAGCCGACGAAUCCACCGCCAUUCCGUCCCAAGGUUAGUACUAAGUUUAGCGACGUAUUUGCGUUCAGUGGACCUGCUCCCGAAACUAUCAACGGCCGGCUGGCGAUGGUAGGGUUUGUGUCCGCGGUUGGAGUCGAACUGGUGACCGGAGAGGAUCUUUUAACGCAGCUCAGCCAGGGGGAGGGGGUCACAUGGUUUCUUUUCACGGCAACGGUUUUGACUGCGGCGUCUUUAAUUCCGAUGUUCCAGGGCGUGACAAGGGAAAGUAGGUCACAGGCUUUAAUGUCCUCCACUGCUGAGACGUGGAAUGGCAGGCUGGCGAUGCUAGGCUUCGUUGCGCUGGCCGUGACAGAGUACUUUAAAGGAGGGCCUCUCGUGUAGCUUGCCAGCCAUUAAGAUGCAUGUUCCAGGCAGCUGUAUAUCGUUUUCUGCACACCUCCCAGAUGAGGGGUUCAGGUUUUCAACACUAGCGUAAAAAAUAUAACAUGUACGUUUUUACCUGCUUCUGAUGGGGUACCUAGGAAAAUAGCUUUAAAAAGUGGUGUUUUGUGUAUUAUUCAAUUGAACUUGGGGUACCUAGGAAAAUAGCUUUAAAAAGUGGUGUUUUGUGAGAUGAGGGGUUCAGGUUUUCAACACUAGCGUAUACAUAUAACAUGUAUGUUUUUACCUGCUUCUGAUGGGGUACUUAGGAAAAUAGCAUUAAAAAGUGGUGUUUUGUGUAUUGUCCAAUUGAACUUGGGGUACCUAGGAAAAUAGCUUUAAAAAGUGGUGUUUUGUGUAUUGUCCAAUUGAACUUAGUGGGGCGAGAGUAAUUGACCAUUAUGAUUAUGGGUAUAGUCCUUGUCUUUUCUUACCAAGAUUAUGGCUAGUAAUAAAGUUUAACUUGAUUAGUAACUUAA